CAGAUGCCGUAUGGAUGUGUGAGCAGAACAUGGCACUCCUCGCCCCAAACAUCUACAUCCUCGAGUACCUGAAAAAACACACAGCAGCUGACCCCAGCCAUCAAGGAAAAGGCCACCAACUUCCUGACCAGUGGCUACCAGAGCAGCUGAACUACAAAGAUAAGGACGGUGCUUACAGCACAUUUGGAGCAGGACCAGGGAACACUUGGCUGACUGCAUUGUGUGAGAUCGUUUGCCAAAGCACAGUCUUUCAUCUACAUUGACCCAGCAAACAUUGAAGCGUCCGUGACUGGCUGAAAAGUAAACAACGACCAAAUGGCUGUUUUGAACCAUCAGGAAAGCUC